UCAACUGAAAGCAUACUUAGGUGCCCACCUGUUGCAUUCAAUUACUUCAGCAUAUCAGAAAGAUCAGAAUGGACGUGGCUGCAACAUCUAAACUACCAAACCCACUUUGCCUCAGUGGUAAUAUUUACCAAAAUUGGCUAAAAUUUAAAGGAGAGCUUGAUGACUACUUAAUUUCCAUUGAGUUUGAUGAGAAAUCAGACAAGGUCAAAACAGCUAAGCUACGAAAUUUAAUCGGAGAUGAAGGUAGGCAAGUUAUCGCAGAUCUGGCUUUAAACAAAUCCUUUGAGUAUGAUGACCUGAUAGCAAAAUUGGACGUUUGGGCGGAGUCUCACAGGAAUAUAGCCAAAUGCAGGUCUCAAUUUUUUUGCUGUGAACAGGAUGAAAAUGAAAAUUUUGAACAUUUCUUGAGUAAUGCAAGAACAUUGAUCCAAAGAUGUAAUUUUGGCAAUCUUGCAGAGGAGCUACUACGUGACAAAAUCACGACUGGGAUUUUCAAUCCUCAACUGAAGGAAUUAUUUGAUAGUACCCCUGAUAUUUCUCUCGAAUCAGCAAUUCAAAUGUGUCGUGUGAUAGACUUAUCUGAAGAUCAACUGUUAAAAUUACUUGUCCUUAAACAAAGAGGCAAAGUAAGUGAUGAUGGCCUGGAAAGCAGAGAUCAUGUUAAUGAGACAGUCACAAGUGAUGUAAACGGUGAUUCACUUAAUGGAGUAGCUGCGGACAAAGAUUCUGCCACUCCUUCCAAUGAGUCAACUGCAAAGGACCAUAAACCAGUCUCUCAAGUCGAAGAAACUAGAGGCUGUCUACCAAGUGAUGAUAUCUCUGGAAGCAUACCAUUUGUUCCGAAGGAACUCAAUUUGAAGGGGAAUGAUGCAAACUUUGCUCGAAGAAUCAACGAUAAUGAAGCAACAAUCAGGAUGACACUUGAAAAAUUCAGUAAACAUGGUGGAGUAAGGCUCUCUCCUCCCUUUUAUUUUCGCAAUUUAUUUUGGAGACUCAAAGUCAAGUGGAACCAAACCACAGAUACUGAGGACUCUCAACUUUCCUGUUUUCUCAUGUGCGAUGGUGGGCCAAGUAAUCAAUUAUGGAAAUGCACUGCAACAUCGACACAUAAAGUCUUGUCACAGAGAGAGGGAAUAAAGCACUCAUCAGAAACUAGCUCAUUACCUAGACUUUUUGAUCCUAAGUCCUCAUCAUGGGGCUAUAGAGAAUUCAUAAAGAAGAAUACCUUGUUAAAUCCUGACAACGGUUUUAUCAAAGAUGACAAAAUUAUUUUAGAGGUUACUUUUGCCGUCAUCGACUGAGUUUAGCUGCAUCAACGAGUCCUAAUGCAUCAGACUGCCUUAUCAUCUCAGGUAUAACCUGUGAUUUUCCCCUUCAUUUAUUUGAGCUCUGUUGCUCUAAAUGUUCGUAAUUUAAGGCUGUCUUUGCCACAUCUUUUGUUUUCCAUAUAAAGGUAUGUAUAAUCUUUUAUCCUUUAUUGUCGUAAAUCAAUUUCUUUCACUAA